UCUGUGUCAACUAUGGCCCCAAAAUGGCCCCAAAAUCACCUCAAGAUCACCCCCAAAUGGCCCCAAAUCACCCCCAAAUUCCCCCCAUGGACACAGCAGGACCAAAAUGGCCCUAAAAGGACCCCACAACCGUUUCAGAUCUGCGACAACUACGGCCCCAACCUGGACCUGGUGCCUGCAGGGACCGUCCUGGGGCUGCUGGUGGAUUCGGGGUCGCGUCUGCACCUCUACGUGGACGGCCGGGACCAGGGGGUGGCGGCGGGGGGAAUCCCACAGCCCUGCUACGUCCUCAUCGACCUGUAUGGGCAGUGCCAGCAGGUGACGGUGGUCUCCGAUGGGGACGAGGUCGGGGCAGCCCGCGCCCGUGGGGACGUGGAGAAGGCGGACGUGGUGGAUGGAAUGAAGGAACCGCGCUGGGCCCCGCCCCCGGAAGUCCCGCCCCCUCCCUGCCCCUACCAGGCGCUGUGCGCGCGCUUCAAGGAGCUGCUGCUGCUGCCUG